AUGGAUAGCAAGGUUGUAGAAAAUAAAGAUGACCCUGGAGCAUUCUUUAUUCCUUGCACAAUUUGGACAUAUGAAUUUGCAAAAUCUCUAUGUUACCUUGGUGGGAGAAUCAACUUAAUUCCUCUUUUCAUAUACAAGAAACUUGGUUUGGAUACCCCGAUGCCAAGCUCUAUGCAACUCUUGAUGGCAGACCGCUCUAUAAAAAGGUCGGUGGGUAUAUUGUUUGACGUCCUUGUGAAAGUGGAUAAGUUCAUUCUCCUGAUUGAUUUUGUGGUAUUGGAUUGUGAAAUGGACAAAAAGGUUCCUAUCAUUAUUGGUCAUCCUUUCUUAGCCACUGAAAGAGGCAUUGUUGAUCUAGAGCUGGGGGAGAUAAAAUUUAGAGUGCAAGAGGAAGAGGUCUCUUUCAAAAUCUGCAUGUCAAAGAAGCAAACCGUGGAGUUGCAAGUAGUAUCCGUGGUGGAUAUUGAAAAUAAGAAGAUAAAUGAAGAGAAAUUUAAGGACCCACCUUGA